UCAUCAGAUCUCUUUUGGAAUUUGGAGAUGUCAGGAAGAGGAAAGGGAGGGAAGGGAUUGGGAAAGGGAGGAGCCAAGAGGCACAGGAAGGUUCUCAGAGAUAACAUUCAAGGUAUCACCAAGCCUGCCAUUCGUCGUCUUGCUCGCAGGGGUGGUGUCAAGCGUAUCAGCGGUCUCAUCUACGAGGAGACCAGAGGUGUCCUCAAGAUCUUUCUCGAGAAUGUCAUCCGUGACGCCGUCACCUACACUGAGCACGCCAGGAGGAAGACGGUUACCGCCAUGGAUGUUGUCUACGCCUUGAAGAGGCAGGGCCGUACUCUCUACGGUUUCGGCGGUUAAUCUGAGAAUUAUUAGGGUUUUGGAAUUUGGGAAAUUCUGGUUUCUGAGAUCCGUGUUAAUGGUUGAUUAGUCAUAAAAAAAAAGUAAAUCUAGGAGAUUAGCUACUGCUUUUGUUUUUUCUGUUGAAAUGUUUUUGUUCUUAGCCAAUGUGAUGUAAUGAUGAUGAUGUAGUUUUUCUUCUUAGCCAAUUUGCUCAAUUUUUCUUCUU